AUGAUUUAUGCAACAUAUGGCGAAGAAGCAUUAUUAGAGUGUACUUAUUGCAAAGAACCAACAGACUAUUUGUAUUAUAUAUUUCCUACAAUUGGCUGGUCGUAUGUGGUAGUGGUAUUUGUAUUAGGCUUAGUAACUAUGUUGAAGCGAAAAUCACACUGGAGGGUUUAUGGAGUUAUAUUUCUUGUAGGAUGUGGUGUAGUUGAAUUUUAUACAUUCAGCCAAGCUGAUGUUAAACAAAAUGGAAACACAGAAUUUUUAUAUUGUACAAUGGACUUAUACCGACGUUUAGCUUUUUCAUCUUUAUUUUUAGCAAUCAUAUUAAUUGAUAAAACAAACGAAAGAUCAACUAAUGAAAUUUUGAAAGAUGUAGCUAAAAGACAAGAAGCUAUAAUCUAUCGAGCAAAAGCGGUGAACCUGCAAAGAAUUGCAGUACUUAGAGAUUCAAACUUACGAAAGAUUUUUGUGGAUCAUUUUAAAAGAUUAGAAACAAAAGAUAAUAUGUUGUCAAUGGAUCCUGUAUAUAGAAAUGCAAGAGCAAGGGCUAUUUCAAGAUUUAAUCUAGAAAGAUUAAUGAAUGAGGCUGAUAAUUAUAUUGAUAAGAUAUAUAGGUUGAAUAGUAGUGGAUCAGAUUUGGAUUUAUCUUGCCGAAAGACGGUUGAAUCACCGACCUUCAGUUUACAAGGACUGGCUCUACCUUUAAGCUACGUUGACCUUUUAACGGGUAUUUUGUAA